AUGUUGAAAAAGUCCAUCUUCGACUGUACAAAACUCGGAGAUUUUUACGAUUGUGGAUGUAGCGACGAUGGUGACGCACCUAAAUCAAAUGCGAAAUCGACGGAGAAGGUUGCGGGAAAGCCGCAAAUUCCAGCUGGAAGGCUAAAUCAACUGACAAAUCUUGGACGUGAGUUCGAUACGAACAAAAUUUUACCAGUGGAGAUAAAUGUAGAGCCGAAAACGAACGGCUAA